AUGGAGGAAAUGCAAUGGCUGAUUAAUGUUACAAAGGAACUUCAGAAUAAGGUGGAAACUUCGAUGCAGAACAUCCUAUGGAACAAACGAUCAAUCUACAAAGUACCUGCUUCGGUCACAGCCCUGAAAAGAGCAGCCUACAGGCCGCAGACAGUAUCCAUUGGGCCUUACCAUUACUACGAUGAUCAGCUAAAGCGAAUGGAGGAGCACAAAUACCGAGCUCUUCAUUAUUUUCUACAGAGAUCAGGAAAAUCUCUAGAGUUGUUUCUUCUAUCUUUAAACGAAGUGGUACAGGAUUUGAAGGAUUCAUACGAUCAGCUUGAUAAAUCAUGGAAAGAUGAUACAAGCAGAUUUCUACAACUGAUGAUUCUUGAUGGCUGUUUCAUGUUGGAAAUUAUGCGCCUCGCUAUUCAAAUUUCGAAUGGCUAUGCUGCUGAUGAUCCUGUUUUUAGCAGUCAUGGGAGGGUCUAUAUGGCGCCAUUUAUCAGGCGUGACAUGUUGAUUGUGGAAAAUCAAUUACCAAUGCUGGUUCUAUACAAGCUUGUUGCUAUUGAAAGUGAUGGGGAAAAGGAUGAAGAGUUUGUCAACAAGCUUAUACUGGCUUUCUGUCAUCCCAAUGCAAGCGUCUCAAUGUGGGGCAAACGCUUGCAUGUAUUGGAUUUAUACAGGAAUAGCCUGCUACAGGAAGUUCCCGAGAGGAAAAAGCAUCGCCCUAGAGUAAGGGGUGGACUACAUAAAGAUGCCAAUGAUAUUGUCCGAUCUGCAGCAGAGAUCAGCGAAGCUGGAAUCCAUACUUUGGGAUCACCUUCCUCUCCUGUUGCUGCUGGUCUCCCGGAAACAUAUACUCCGUCUACUGGAUUUUGGCAAUGUGUUGUUGUCAUCUUCAUGCAAUCUGACAUUUUCAUUCAGCUAUUAGAACAUAUUGGAAGAAAGGUAUGCUUUUCAGUUAGGGUGGAAGAGAUGGGGCUGUAUAUAGCAGUGGUCACUAGGAAUGUUUCACGGGGGAAGUUGGAUAACACCUUGCAUCACUUCUUGUCAUCUUUGUUAAAAACUGUUGAGAAAUUUGAAGCAAUGGAGGAGGAAAAUCAGGUGCUUAUAAAAGUUGUUACAGAAAAACUUCAGAACUUGGCAGAUACUUCGCUGCAGAAUGUGCUCUGGGACAAACGUUCAAUCUACAAAAUACCUGCCUCUGUUACAUCCCUGAACAAGACAGCCUACAUGCCUCAGACCGUCUCCUUUGGUCCUUACCAUCAUGAUGAAAAUCAUCUGAAGCCAAUGGAGGAGCACAAGCAACGAGCGCUCAAAUAUUUUCUAAAUGGAGCAGGAAAACCUCUACAAUCAGUCGUUGAAUCUUUAAACAAAGAAAUCCAGGUUUUAAAAGACUCGUAUGACAUACUUGGUGAAUCAUGGAAGAAUGAUACGAGUAAAUUUCUGCAACUGAUGAUUCUUGACGGUUGUUUCAUGCUGGAAAUCAUACGCCUUGCUACACAUUCGUUGGAUCGCUACGAUGCCAAUGAUCCAAUUUUUAGCAGCCACGGGAGGCUCUACAUUACACCAUUUAUCCGGCGUGACAUGUUGCUGCUUGAAAAUCAACUGCCAAUGCUUGUUCUUUACAAGCUGGUUGCUGUUGAAAGCGAUGGAGCAAAGGAUGAAGAGUUUGUCAACAAGCUCAUACUCAAUUUCUGCUAUCCGAACGCAUCUGUGUCGAAGCUAGAUGUCUCUACAUCACCCUCUCCUCCUGUUUUCAUGGCACCUCCUCCCCUUCCAACUCCUCCCCAUCAUCCUCCUAUGCACCCUCCGAAACCAUCACGCCGCCAUUGA